AUGACGCUCGUCACUGUCUUCUGGUGCCCCCAGACCCGGCAUCAGUCCGAUUCGUCCGUCUCGAGCAAUCUCCUGCGCGGCUGCCCAUGUUCACCACAUCGCAGAACCAUGAUGCACGGACCCACCGCUCCAGUUACCAUACUCACCUGCACUCUAGCAUUUGCGUCUAACCUCGCAGGGCACGAGCCGCACGUCGUAUGCGAAGCCGUAAUUGCUGCACACCGCCAGAAGGAAGUCGUCCACACUGAAUCCUUCAUCUUCGCAAACGUGAUCACCAUCCCGCAAGACAAGCUGAUUUAG